UGCUUUCAAGUUUAUAAAGAAUCACAAAAAUGUGAAAAGGAUCAACCAAAAGAAGCCAUUCUGAAUUCAAGUAAAGUAAAGAAUAGUCCUCUUCCUUUCUUGGAGACUAGGGUCUUCCCUCCAAAACCCAAAAAACUCCAACUUCUGCAAAAAGUUUGGAAUAAGAAUGCAAGAAUUCACAAGAAAAGCUACGCUAUACUUGAAAAAUGGCCACCCUGAAAACUCAGAAACUUGAGAGAUCAGCUCCUGAAUUUUCUCACCUUAUAUACGACAGAAAGCAAAACCCGUUUUGAUUCGCUACCAGUUCGAGACCCAAGAACCAAAGCCCACAUCUCAUCAAUGACGGACAUUGGAGGAAGACGACAGGCGUCUAGCAGUGAUAAUAGCUUAGUUGAGGAAAUUGAUCCUCCUUCGGCUUGGACAGAGGAUUCGAGUUGUCACUAUUUGUAUGUUCAUGUUCCUGGUUUCAAGAAGGAAUGGUUGAAUAUUCAGGUUGAUGACCGCAGUCAUAUAAUGGUCGGGGGAGAGAGACAGACCGAGAACAAAAUUUUCCGCUUCGAGCAGACGUUCAAAAUCCCAGAAAACUCGGACACUGAAAAAAUCAGUGGAAGAUACGAAAGUGAAAUUCUUUAUGUCAUCGUCCCAAAGCUAGUCAAAGACAAGGAGAAGGAACCUCUGAACGCAGCUACUGACGACAACAUUAGAGGAAAACAGCAUGAACACAAGCGCGAUCAAGAAGAACAUGAUGAAAAGCACAGGCACCAUCAAGAAGAACAUGACAAAAAGCACAGGCACCAUCAAGAAGAACAUGAUAAAAAGCACAGGCACCAUCAAGAACAUGAUGAAAAGCACAGGCACCAUCAAGAAGAACAAGAUGAAAGGCACAACCAUGAGCACGAUAAGGAAGAACACUACGGUGGGGGCCACAUCAGCCAUCAUGGUCAGAAUGACGAUGACAAGAAAGUGGUUGAGGAAGGAGGUUUUCAGGGAGUACCUACAGCGACAUGGACGCUGGCAGGUGGUAUUUUGGGAAGUGUUGUGGACAUUCUAAGUAAGAACAAGGGGAUUACUGUUACUGCUGUGCUAGCAUUUGCACUAGGGGUGUUAUUGUCUCAGAAGUUCCAAUCGAAUGCUGGAAGUGAGGGAGGCCUUACACCAAUGUAAGCAUGUAUACAUGGUGAUAAAAACUAAUAUGUAAGCAUACAUCCAUUCUAGUAGGUCUAGUUAUGUGUAUGUUUAUACCAGAUCAUACUGUAGGCUUGAAUAAAUGUCUGUACCCAGAAAAUAGAAACUCGGCAGAGAAACUUCGAAUAUAUGCAAUGUGAUGUCUACUUGUCUAA